AUGAGCGAGACCCGUGUGGGCUCGCGGAAGCGGCAGGCGGAGGCGCUAGAGGAGGCCACGGCGAUCGCUUCUUUGUCGUCGGGGGUGGCGGGCUACCAUGCGCUCGGCGCGGACGAGGUCGCCUUGGACCGCCUCCUGCGGGGGCUUGCCGCGGAGCUCCCCGACUCGGCGGUCUCGAGCUCCUUCCUGGAGCAGAAGGCCGCGUACGACGCCAGCGCGCUACUGCGGGUCCUGCGGCGCAUGCCCAAGGGCGCAGUGCUUCACACCCACGGCAUCGCCACGGGGGACUUUCGCGAGCUCGCCCGCCGGGUCAGGGCCAGCGACAGCAAGCUUCCGGACCAUCGGGGACGACAAGCGGGGAUUCCCCGGCUUCCUCCCGACCAACACUUUCCGGGCCCAGAACCAGAGCCCCGGCGAAGAGUGGGUGCGCGCCGACACGUUGGGGGAGGACGAGAUCUACCGGCUGCUCACCCUGCCCUCUGGGCUGGGCUCCGUCGAGGCCAACUGGAUAAGUUCUUCGCCAUCUGGGACCGGCUCAACGGGAUCCUGGGGUGCGCCGAGUUUUAUUACGGUCGGAACGGCUACAUGUGGCAUAUAUUAGAGGAGCAGUGGAAAACGGGCGUAUGGUACCUCGAGAUCAAGGAGUCAAUUUUCCAUAGUCUCAAAAAUUUGAACGGAGAAUGCAUCAGCGACGACGAGUGGAUGUUCAUGUUCAAGAGCACCGUCGAGGAAUUCAAGGAACAGCAUCCUGGCUUUGUUGGAGCACGUGCAAUCAUGACCUUCCUCAAACUACUUCCAGAGGAUGAUGCCCGGCAGGCGUUCAGACGAACGGUCGCGCUCAAAGCAAAGUACCCAGAUUACAUAGCUGGUUUCGACCUGGCCGGGCCAGAGGACCAUCCGAAUUCUUCUAUGUUUGCGGAGAUGUUCGAGGAGGAGCGAUCAAAGAGCAAAGAGGCUGAGCAGCUGCCCCUAAUGAUACACGCUGGGGAGACGCACGUGACGGCAGCUCAGCACCACGUGGAGGCAGUGUGCAUGAGUUUUCCCGGUUGCCGCAUCGGCCAUGGUUUCGCGCUGGUGCGACGGCCCAAUCUGUGGCCUGAGGUCAAGCAGAAAGGCAUUUGUUUGGAAGUGUGUCCUAUCAGCAAUCAGGUGCUGGGCUACUUCCCGCAGCUUGCGGCGCACCCAGCGCCCACGCUCCUGCGUUGUGGACUCCCGAUGACUAUCUCGCACGACGAUCCUGGGAUUUGGCACUACAGCGACGUCUCGUAUGACUGGGUCGCAGCGACCAAGGCUUGGAGCCUCAACCUCGCAGAGAUCAAGGCCCUGGCCCGCAACUCGAUCAUCUACUCGACGCUGCCGAGCGACGAGAAGGCGGCCUUCCUGAGCGCCUGGGAGAGCGCGUGGCAAGGCUGGGUACGGGAAGCGCUGGCCAGCCCCGGCGAGUGA